GACUGAUCAUCUAACAACACAUUCCUCAACAACAUACUCUCACAUCAAGAGAUCUGUCUGUACCGAUGAUACACUCCAUCAACGCUCGUUAAUUAUUCCUCCCUUCUUUCAACAGACGCUUUGCCUAUCCUUUCACAAUCCCACUCACUCGCUCCUUCUCCAGACCUUCCAGCUUCAAUGACGCCCGGUUAAACACUUCCAAUCGACCAGCUUCAACAUGUCUGUCGACUCAAGCUACGGCAUUUCCCACGGUAGUCCUGGCUUGCGAUAUUCACAACCCAAUCAAUAUGUUGAACCGCGUGGUCUAGUUGCUCGCGCGCGCAACGCUGCCUAUACUUACGUUCAAGACUCGAAGAACCAGGCCGGAACUGGCUUCAGAUACGGACGCAAUCCCGGUUUGUCCUGGCAAAAGGCAAAAUCACUCCUGCGAGGAUCUUUUUGUGUCGCAAACUUCCUAGCUGCGCUAUGGAUGUUCACAUUGUGGUGGGGCGAAAGGACAGUUUUCCGGGAACAAGUUUCACAAUGUUAUUGGGAUUCAUGGGAGAAAUGGCCCGCAAAUGCAACCCCCCAUCAUGUCGUCUUUAUAGCCGAUCCACAACUUGUUGACCCUCACACAUACCCAGGGCGUCCUUGGCCCUUGUCAACCCUUACCGUCCAAUUCACGGACCAAUACCUCCGUCGAUCGUUCUCUCUAAUUGAAGACUACCUUCAUCCGGACUCGGUCUUAUUCCUAGGGGAUUUAUUUGACGGUGGUCGCGAAUGGUCCACCUCUACGAGUCAGUCUCCCGAGGAACGAUACAGGAAAUAUGGAGAGGGUUUCUGGUUAAAAGAGUAUAACCGGUUCACUCGUAUAUUUUUCAACCAAUGGAACAAAAAUGGCCUUCCGGCCACUGGAGAGCGUCGAGGUCGCAAGCUAAUUGCGAGUUUGCCUGGAAACCAUGAUUUGGGAUUCGGAAGCGGUGUGCAACUUGCGGUUCGACGACGUUUUCAAGGAUACUUUGGUCGCGGUAACCGGGUUGACGUUAUUGGGAAUCAUACAUUUGUUUCCGUUGACAGUGUUUCUCUGUCUGCAAUGGAGCAGCCUGAUGAAACAGGCAGCAGCGGAAUUGGAGCUGGAGAUGGCCAUCAGCCAAACCAAGCAAUUUGGGGUCCUACUGAGCAAUGGCUCAAGGGAGUCAAAGAUAUGAAAGCUCGCCUCGAAACAGAAGAGCUUCGGUCAAUACGGAAUCAGACAGAAGGCUUCAAACUCGUCCAGGGGCUUCAAGAAGCUUCGGCAGACACAGUUGCUCACAGGACUCCUAUUGAGUCACAGGGACUCCCAACCAUCUUACUCACGCACGUGCCAUUGUUUCGAGAGCCUGCAACACCCUGCGGCCCUUUACGUGAGCAUUAUCCACCUUCUACUACAGAUCCUAUGCCUGAAGAGGAUGAGGCAAACGCUUUGAAGAUAGCUGGUGGUUACCAGUAUCAAAACGUUCUAACUCCGGCGAUCUCUAACGAGAUCAUGUCGAGAAUUGGUCCUGGGGUCUCUCAUAUUUAUUCCGGGGAUGAUCACGACUACUGUGAAGUGACGCAUCGCGAAUACACUGGAUCGCCCAAGGAAAUCACUGUUAAAAGUCUGUCGUGGGCGAUGGGAGUCCGGCAUCCGGGCUUUUUGAUGACCACGCUGUGGAAUCCCAUCGAUCCGAGCAACGGAAAACCUCUCGCAGAAACAUCGCAGCCAACCAUUCGAAACCAUCUGUGCCUUCUUCCAGAUCAGUUGUCAAUCUUUGUUCAUUACGGGAUCAUUUUCUUCGUUACGAUUGUCAUCUUGACCAUCCGAGCCAUGGCCAUCACGUUCCUUUCCUUUGGCAAGCCCACAAAUUACGAGCCCGACCUACCAAUUAGUGAGCUUCAAGCUCAUUCUCGCACAUCCAGUCGUACAUCCAGUCCUCCAUAUACCAGCGUCACCAGCGCAACAUCAGGCGGAGAACCUCGACUCGCAAAUCGCAACAACUCGACACUCACCGAUCCAACCUACCGUAUAGAUGAAGAGGUGCAGAAAAGCACUCAACGUUACGAAGACUGGAAGAAGCCACACGGUGGAAGCGACUGGGACGACGACGAUAGGGGAACCGCCAAACUUCUAUCGUACAGUCGUCAAUCAGGUCGUGAAUGUGUCGGUCCGGCAUCCAGCAUAGGUCGAUUUGCAAUCGAAUUGAAAAAUAGCGUUAAGCAAGUUGCUAUUAUAGUCCUUCCUUUUUAUUUUUGGUUAUUGUGGAACUGGUGAAGUGAUUCUGUUUACUGGUUAGAUGGUAUAGUGUAACAUUAGCGAGCAUAGAAUGGACGGCGUUUUGGUUUCUAUCGGAUUCAUUGUUGACAUUACGCCACUUUAUACCUUUUUUCUCUAUUGAUCGGAUCUAUCAUUCAAAUUUCACACAAUUUGAACUCGUACC